GCACGGUCCGCUUUCAACUUCACAAAUUGCGACUGCUUCCACAUACCAACCUUCAGCAGGCAGUGAAUACCGACACAAUGUUACCAUGGGAGUGGCCAUCGACCCCAGUGGAUGUCUCUGAAUUGAUGUACAGCAUGCCGCGCAUACCAGAGUCACCUCCUUGCGUAGAGCGGCCAGGCACUGUAGGCCCGUUGAGAAGAUGCGUCUCUCGCCAACCACUGUUGCGGGGCUUUGCCUUGCCCUCUCCGUCCUGUUCUUCGCGUUCCUAAACUUCGACCGCCUUAGUGAGCCGGGGACAUACUUGUUGCGAGGACACUCCCGCCAGAUCGAAGUCGAAGCAGUCGAGGCGGCAAUGGCCCACCAAGCCGAAAAGCAUCGACUGGAGAAUGCACUCAAUGCCGCCGAAGCCAAAGCUGAAGCUGCAGCAGCCGCAGCAAAACACGCAGAGGACGAGAAGCAGCGAACCGCGCAACAGCAAAAAGAAAGCUUUGCGUAUGUCUUCUACGCCACCAGCAAUGAGUACGCUUGCUCUGCGCUCGUCAACAUCCACCGCUUGCGCAACGUACUCGACAGCGAGAUACCCAUCCAUCUCCUCGUCUCGGAUGGUGUCACACAGUCAUACAGACGUGCCGCGCAGACUCUUGGCGUAGGGGUUCACGCAGAGGAGGCGCCGCCGAUUGCUGGUGGCAUGUCCGGCAGCUACUACCAGGACUGCAUGCUCAAGCUUUUAGCUUUCAAAAUGCAUACGCUCGACCCGAAGCUGAAACGAGUCCUCGCUUUUGACUCGGAUCAGCUCAUCAUGCGCAACCUCGACCCUCUCUUCACCGGCCUGCCGCCGAUCGACCUCGCGGCGCCUCGAGCGUACUGGCUCGCCAAGGACUUUCUGGCUAGUACAUUCAUGAUGAUCAGCCUUUCCGAUCGUCUGUGGAAGACGGUCAAGCAGGCGUUGGACAAAGUGGAGUACGACAAAUUCGACAUGGAUUUGGUGAAUGACCUGCUCGGGGAUUCGGUCAUGAUGCUGAGCGGCGAGUAUGUGACGCUGAAUAGUCAUUGGGAGGAUUGGAAUUUGCCGAGAUGGUAUCAUGCGGAGAGUGAGCUUAAUAUGACGACAAUCGAUCUGAUUAAUCAGCUCCAUGCUGCGCCUGCGGCCGUUCCGCAAGAUGUUGGUGUGCCUACUGUGGCAUCCGCGCAAGAGGUUAAGAGCAGCAUGACCGACGUCGACUUCAUCCCGGUCAAGCGACAAGGCACCGCUACCAAGAUCAAAGUCGAAGGCGUGACGAACACGGCGCACGCACCGGACCCUUCCCACACCACCGCCACAUCGACAUCACCAAAAGUUCAGGCCGCGAGUCAAACGCCAACACCACGCUUUCCAGAAACCCAUCCUUUAACUGAGGAGCUUACUCGGCUGCAGAGUGCGGCCGCGGUCAUCCACUUCACCGCCCAAGGCAAGCCUUGGAUGAAACUUCCCGCCGACGUGAGAGCGGCAAGGCCGGAUGCCCAUCCGCUAUUGGCGGAGCAGUUUCGCUUGUGGCGGGAGACGGCGGCGCUGGUUUGUCCCGGCGGGAUACCGGAGGCUCAAAGGACGAAAGGCGAGACGAGUCGAAAUGGAGUAGGACAGGUUUGAGCGUCUUUGCAGAGGGCGGCCGACACAACAUGCCAGGCUGUAGACUGUUGAACGUCACGUGGCGAACUCGUUGUGAUCGGCUCGUUCUGCCUCCGUGCAUGAUGCAACCAGUGGUACUGGAGCCACCGCGGUUGCUGGAGCCUCUGCUGUUGUCGGAGCCACUGCUCUCUAGCUCUAUGCGACUUACGGCUCGCUGGGAUGCCCUGGUACAAUGAACUGCGACCAGCAGUUGUACGACUGUUGGGCGCCACUUUACAUGCGUUGGUCUAGAAGCUGGUGCUACCCAUCCGCAAGCUCAUUGGUUUGGCGAAGGUGCAAG